AUGGUGCAUGCAAACAAAACGAUAAUGGACAAAACGCUCUCGAAAUCUGCCCAUUUGGUGAAACUUCGUGGGGUUUUGUAUGAGCCGAAAUGCGGUGAGCCGACAUGUUUCCAUGAAUGGUUCCGGAAUCGAGACCACAACAGCAAUCCAGUAAGAGAACAUAUCGAGCUGUUUGACGCUGUCUACCCAACUGUUCGCAAUACGAUAGCCGUUAAUGUAGCCGGUGCCGCGGAUCGCCGGAAACUGCAUCGUGCUUAUCGGGUUUAUUGCCACCUAAUUCGCGCUAAGGUCACCACAGGCGAUCAAGAUACAGAGAACGAGCUUUCGACAUUGAGAUGGUGGAUGAAGAAUGCUGUAGCACUGGUAGAAAAGGAGUUUCCGGGUAUAAGAGAGUUUGAAAGUGUCUAUGUUUCCUAUUGUACGGCCCGAUGUGAUGGCAAAGGCUUCUUCUUCAUAACACGAUUCAAGGGCGCAUCUACCAUUGUAAAGUUCAUUUUCUAUGAAGGUCUGAACAAUGAGGAGCAGUGGCAUGUAUCCGUAACAACGCAUGGUGUCGUUAUCGGUGACCAGCACAUAAGAAAGCUCAUUAAGGCAGCUUUUGAUCGUCGAAUGUCCCUGUGUGAAUUCAUCGAAUUCCUGCUGUGGCCGUUUGUGGAACGUCUGAGUCGUGCGAAACAGCAACUAGCAAACUAG